AUGCGCCCUCUUUGGCUCCUACCGGCUGUUGCCGGCCUUGCUGGGGCUCAAUGCCCAUUCCUAUCGGGGGAGAUGGGCACUCCCUCUCGCUUCACUGAGCGGGCAGACAACCCGACCGACACCAUUGAGGUUGUCGAACAGCCCAUUGACCAGACCCUUUAUCUUAAUGACACCGACAGCUACAUGACCACUGACUUUGGCACUCCCAUCGAGGACCAAUGGAGUCUGAAGGCCGGGUCCAGGGGAUCGACUCUCCUCGAGGACUUCAUCUUCCGCCAGAAGCUGCAGCGCUUCGAUCAUGAACGGAUCCCCGAGCGAGUCGUGCAUGCUCGUGGUGCCGGUGCCUAUGGUACUUUCCGAUCGUACGGCAACUUCUCCAACGUCACUGCCGCCGACUUCCUGAGUGCCGCCGACAAAGAGACGCCUAUGUUUUGUCGAUUCUCGACUGUGGUGGGGUUCCGAGGCAGUGUUGAUACCGCUCGGGAUGUUCACGGCCACGCCUGUCGCUUCUAUACAGACGAGGGAAACUAUGACAUCGUCGGAGUCAACAUCGCCCCCUUCUUCAUCCAGGACGCUAUCCAAUUCCCCGAUCUCGUCCACGCGAUCAAACCCAUGCCACACAAUGAGAUUCCGCAGGCGGCGACGGCGCACACCUCGGCCUGGGACUUCUUCAGCCAGCAGAGUACUGCUCUGCACAGUGCCCUGUGGUUGAUGUCCGGCCACGGAAUCCCUCGCUCGUACCGCCACAUGAACGGCUACGGCGUGCACAGCUUCCGGUUUGUAACGGCCAACGGCACCAGCAAGGUGAUCCGUUACCGGUGGCGAUCCCUCCAGGGUGUUGCCAGUCUCGUCUGGGAUGAGGCGCAAGCCACAGCCGGCAAGAACAGUGAUUUCCACCGACAGGACCUGCACGAUGCGAUUGCGAACGGGCGGUACCCUAAGUGGGAGCUGGGCGCGCAAAUCAUGGACGAAUCCGACAUGCUGCGCUUCGGAUUCGACCUCCUCGAUCCCACCAAGAUGGUUCCUGAAGAACUCGUCCCCUUCACCCCGCUCGGCGUGAUGGAACUCAACGCCAAUCCCACCAACUAUUUUGCCGAAGUCGAACAAGUCGGCUUCCAACCCGGCCACGUCGUCCGCGGCAUCGACUUCACAGAAGAUCCCCUCCUCCAAGGCCGACUCUUCUCCUACCUCGACACGCAAGUCAACCGGCACGGCGGCCCGAACUUCGAGCAACUGCCGGUCAACCGGCCCCGCAACCCCGUCCACAACAACAACCGCGACGGCUUCGGCCAGCAGCAGAUCCCGCUGAACCCCUGGGCCUACACGCCCACCAGCAUGGGCGCAGACACUGCCCCCAAGCAGGCAAACCAAACUGUUGGCAACGGGUUCUUUACCUCGCCGUACCGUCACCUUACCGGGGGGCCCCUCUCGCGUGCCCCCAGUCCCACGUUCGCGGACCACUGGUCCCAGCCGGCGUUGUUCUGGAACUCGCUAGUGCCGGCCGAGCAGCAGAUGCUGGUGAAUGCGAUAGUGUUUGAGAACUCCAAGGUGGCGAGUCCGCACGUCCGUCAGAACGUGGUCGCGCAGUUGAACCGGAUUGAUCACGGGCUGGCGAGGCGGGUGGCCAGGGGGUUGGGAUUGGAGGUGCCUGAACCGGAGGAUACCUAUUACACGACUAACAAGACGGUGAAUGUCGGGACAUUUGGGGCGCGGUUGCUGAGUGUGGAGGGGUUGCAGGUUGGCUUCCUCGCUUCGACGAAGAAAGGGGAGUCGAUUCGACAGGGCGGGGCGCUCGCUGGUCGGUUGGCGGCGCAUGGUGUGGAUGUGACGGUCGUGGCCGAGACGUAUGCUGAUGGGGUUAACUCUACGUAUGCGCUCUCCGAUGCGUCGGGCUUUGAUGCUAUCGUGGUGGGCGAUGGGGUGGAGAUCUUGUUUGGUGGUGCUGCGGGCAGCAAUGCGACGAUGACGACGCUUUAUCCGCCUGGUCGGCCGCUGCAGAUUCUGGCAGAUGCGUUUAAGUAUGGUAAGCCGGUUGGGGCGAUCGGGAGUGGGCAGAGGGCGUUGAGAUCGGCGGGGAUUGAGAUGGGGAGGGAUGGUGUUUAUGUUGCGGCGAAUGUUACGGAGGGUCUGGCCAAGGAAGUGUUGGACGGUUUGUAUACCUUCCGGUUCCUGGAUCGGUUCGUCUUGGAUGAUCAGUGA